AUGGUAGCUUGGGCAGCUUUAGGCGCAAUGGGAACAAAAGCAUUAGCAUUUGGAGCAAAAGCACUUGGAGCUUAUGACGCAGUAAAUAAAAUGAGUGGAGGAAGAGUUUCGAAGACAUUAGAUGCAAAUAAAGGAAAGAUUGGAGGCUGGGUUGCAAAGAAGUUAAGAUUAAAUAAAAUAGGGCUCAUAAAUAAAGCAUCCAAUUUGGUUGCGACUGAGUCAGAAAAUGCUUUAGGAAAGGAUGAUGAGUUUGCAAAACAUGCAAAAGACUUUAAUGACCAGAUGAAAGGUGAAACAAUGCAUUUAAAUAGAGUCGAUGGAACUAAAGAAAAUGUUUCUUCUCCACCAGUAGUUCUUCCGUAUGGUCCCUAUGGAAUGUAUGGAAACCCUUACGAAAGACCAUUUGACCCAUUGACUGGUGGAAGUAA